AUGUCAGGUCCUCAGUGUUGCUCAAACCCUCCAACACUAAACCCAAGUAGUGGAGAAGGCCAUGUUGAGAAGCUUGGUGGUUUAGACUCCUAUGUCACUGGCUCUCCAAAUUCCAAGCUUGCGGUUCUUCUUAUAUCAGAUAUUUAUGGAUAUGAAGCUCCAAACUUUAGGAAGCUGGCCGACAAGAUUGCGGCCGCUGGAUUCUUUGUGGCUGUUCCCGACUUUGUACAUGGCGAUCCCUAUGACUCUGAAGAUUUUAGCAGGAUAGGAAUUUGGUUAAAUGACCAUGGAACGGAUAAUGCAUUUGAAGAAGCAAAACCAGUCAUAGAAGACUUAAAAAGCCAAGGAUUUUCUGCAAUAGGUGCUGCUGGCCUUUGUUGGGGUGCCAAGGUUGUAACCGAACUUGCAAAGUUCAACAACUUCAUCCAGGCUGGAGCGCUUUUACAUCCGUCCUUAGUCACUCUAGAUGAUAUAAAAGAGGUUAAGGUUUCAAUUGCCAUACUUGGAGCUGAGUUUGACCAGGCAUCUCCACCAGAGCUCGUGAAACAAUUUGAGAAGAUCUUAAGUGCAAAGCCUGAGAUUGAUUCCUUUGUGAAGAUAUAUCCGGGAGUCGAGCAUGGUUGGACCAUCAGGCCGUCUGAUGAAGCAGCUCGUAAGACCGCAGAGGAGUCUCACAAUGACUUGUUGGAAUUUUUUACCAAGCAUGUUAAGUGAAGGCCUUCAUAACGAACUGGAUAUUGUUACCUAUGAGAAGCGCAGGUAUGGAUCUAAUGGACUACUUCCUUUGGCACCCAUGUUUCGAAUAAAUAGCCAGACUUUCUAUGUACCUUAGUUUUGUUUGAAGGACUUGGGUAUUGUUUAAUGUUUAAGAGUUUCAGGUUUGUAUAUGUGUGUAUGGUGAAGGAU